GGAUAUUAAUAUUUGAUUCAUUAAAAUGGCAGGAUAUGGAUGAAGCUAGCAGUAAUCCCAUGGAGGUCUCCACCAAUGCACCUUCUCAAGGAAAUCUUCCAUUGGAAGUUGAUGAAAAUGAAGAAGUGUGAAGGGAUUUUUGGAGGAUAUGUUUAAUGACUAUUCGGAAAUGAGAGGGGUUACUUGUGAAAGCUCAUCAAGAAGUGUGGGGAGUGCAACACCAAAUGAGAAUGAUGAAUCUGAAAGUGUGG